GUGCAAGUAGGGGGUGCGAGUUUCAGCUGGUAUAAAAGCUGUUUUGUGAUUUUUGGAGAGGGGGAGCUGGGUUUUGGAUCCCAAACACCCAAGGGACGAAUUAAUGAGAGAGAGAGAGAGAGAGAGGGUGAUCUAGAGCCAAUCUUGGAGCUAUUUUGGAGGAUUUCUUCACCAUUGGAGCUCGAGAAUCAAGCUUGGAGAUGGAGAUUGAAGAUCUAGAUCAGAUUUCUGCAGUCUCUCUCUUCUCUACGGAGUAACUUCCCUUCACUUAGGUUUUGAGGAACCCUAGUUCCAUAUGUUAGGAUCUUUCUUGUAUGGAGUUUUGGAUGCUAUAUUGUGUGAUUAUAAUCGAUUGAGGCAUGAUUUAUUGAGUCAAUUGAAUCCUGAUCAAAUUCCCUUGAUUUAUGCUUUAACCUUUGAUAGAUAGAAUCUGAUUAGGUUAAGAGAGCUUCCUUGAUUGAUAGCAGUGAAUUGGUUGUGCGAGAGUCAGUCAAUUCACUGCUUUGUACUGGAAUUCAUUCAAGUAGUGGAUAUCUCUGUGAAUCGCCUUAGCAGUCUAUCCCGAUGAAGGCUAGUUGCCUGCAGGGUAUUCUGUCUAAGAGGGCUUGGUCAACUUAAGAGAUUCCAAGCUAAUUUAGGAUCUUCCAGAGUUUAAUCAACAUUAAAACAACCAAAAGGAAUUACAACUUGGACCUAAUUGAGGAGCUAAGGGGAAUCAUACCUAAGUGAGUUCCCAAACUAUAAUUAGUAGUUUUACUUAGUUUAGUUAGUAGAGUAGUUUAGUUAAUCAAUCCUUAAUCUGAUUUGCUAGAUAAUGAACUGAAGCUGAGUAAUAGUACAUCUAGAGACCCGAGGAUUCGAUAUUUAUUACUUGCACCACUAUACUGCAGUCCCUUUCAUUGGUUACACUUAGCCAUAGUUUGGUGUUGUGUCGUAGCGUGUCAAGUUUUUGGCGCCAUUGCCGGGGACUUUCUAGAUUAUUAGAAAAGGCAGAAGUUUGUUACUUGAGCAUUCUUCUUUUCUUUUCCACCCUUGCUUUUCACUUGGGUGUUUUGAUUUUGUUGGUGCAGAUCUGAAACAUGGAUUCUCAUGGCUUUUCCAAUCAUUGGGGGGUAUCCACCACCACCCGAGUGGUAUUACCCCAAGACUUCCUGGAGCAACCAACAAGAAGAAGACUAUGGAGUCGGGUUUUAGUACCAACCCCUCUACUACGAAGAACAAUCAAACCCCUGGGCAUUUCAAGAACAAUCUCCUUAUCAAGAAGAAUUUCUCCCACAAACAGAAUGGCCAUCAGAUCUUGAGUUAGCCACAGCCUUCACGGGCCAUUCGCCAGAGCCAUGCUACACUCCACAGCCAGAUCCAAACUAUCACUUAAGGCUUCUCGUGGAGCAUAUUACUCGAGUACCUGAGAGAUCCUUUCCUGAGAUGGAUCCUCAUAUCUAGGCUAUUGUCCAAACUAACUUCUCCUUUCCCUGUGAAACAGAGGAGACCCUUCGGAGCAUAAAGAAGCACAUAGAGGUCAUUGAGAAAGCUUGUGCACAGUUUUCUCAAGACAACCUUUAUGCUACAAUACAAACGGAGAAGGAGGAAGAAUAAGUCAAUCAUGAGGAUGUUGUGGAGCAUACAGAGUUUGUCACGAAGAGCUCCUGUGAUGAUCAUGAUCAUCAAUGUCAUGUUGUAGCCGACCACACCUUUUCGCAUCCCACACCGGGUGCUGAAGAGGCGGACAUGAGUGAGGAGAUGCAAGCUGAUCUUAUUGAAAAGAUUGCAUGGCGACUUGUUCUCCAAUUCGUGCUAGAAGAAGAAGAGCGAGAAAGGAUGAGGAAAGAAGUUGUGGAAGAUGACGGAAGUGAAUUAGAGGAAAUUCUUUAUCUUUUCCUAGGGGAGGAAUCAAAUUCUAAGGAAGGAAGGGGGGUUGAAGAAGCGAUUGGCGCCCAGGCUGAGGACGAAGUUGUGGUGGAAGAGGCUUGCACCGGCUAUGAGUUAAUUGUGAUAUCUCCACAAACAUUCAAGGAGCUGCUUGGCAAGGACCCAUUUGCAGUGUCUCUUUGCUAGACCAAGGCCACAUCGAUAUCGGUCCCUCUUGAUGGACACGAUGGUGGUCACUCAAUGCUGUCAUAUCUGGUUUGGGGCAAUGAGACGAGAGAAAAAACGAAGAAGAGGUCUCGGGGGUGGAGACUUCAGUUGCAUCAAGUGCACGAGCCUUCAUCACCUGCCACACCACCUGCUCGUGACUUGAGACUCCACCUCAUAGAUGAGAACCUCAACUUCAAAGAGGUUCUAGCAUGGACCGAAACUUAGGAGCUACCAUCCGGGUCAUGACGUGAAAGAAGCGCUUGUUGGGAGGCAACCCAACCAGUCGGUUUGCACUUUCUUUCCCUAUGUCUCUUCAGUUGAGUAAGUUUGUCUUUUGAUUUUAGAGUCAAUAACUCAACCUUUGUGAGAUUUUGUGUGGUGUUUGUGUUCUGACUGCUCUCUCUCCUCCUGGAAUGCACCGCAUGGCCCGUCCACCAUCAUUCACACUUGAACUGGUAAGUUCGUUCUACCCUCCUUAUUUUUCCUCCAUUGAGGACAAUGUCGUGCUUAAGUAUGGCGGGAUGUUCCAUUAUGUUUGCAUGUGAAUGUUUCGUUGGUUGUGUAUGUUUGGAGCCUAGUCCAUUGUCCAAAUUUCGAUUUGAGGGCGCCAAGCACGUGCUCCUUGCAACUGCCUGAUCAGUAUGCUUUGAAUUGACAGUCUUUAUGUAACACCCUAACCCAGCCGGGUACUACUUUUACUAAAAUGCCCUUGACAAAUAAAAUACUCAAAUCUUAAAUUGCAGCGGGAAAAAUUUUCAUAAAUAAAAUACUGAAAACACACUUGUAGUUCCGAGCAAAGCCCUAACACAUGGGCAAAUUAAACUCAAACUUUAAAUCUUAAUAUGAUCUCUAGUCUAUACUCAGUAUCGUAAACGUAAAUAACUUAUAAUCUCUAAUGUUGUUGCUACUGAAACCUUGGCUAAGCAUCCUCUGUGACGCUUAUACUGCCCUCCUCUAGCUGGCUGCCCUUGAACUUUUCCUCUCAAACUCGCUGCUCUCUAACUGCCCCUCUAGCUAGCUGCUACUGAACGGGUUCUCGCUCAUUCCCUUACUAAGGCCUGGUGAGUGAGUUGGGGUCAGUCUACGCCCUUACGUUUUAAUAAUUCUCAUACUUGAGUACUUUACUUUAAACACUUAACUUUGACUAGUGGAAGUUGUUUGUACUUCCAAUCUUAAAAUCUUAACUCUUAAACUUUGAGGGAGUUGAAGUUACUCUCCUCUCUUAAAGCUCAAAUAUUGACUUAAAUACUUGAAUGACACGAGGAUCCCUCACUAGCUAGUCCGGUUGCCAACUCAUACGUAUAAGAAGCCAUCCAGGCUUUCCUUAAACUUAAACUUAGUUAGGGAAGUCGUAACGAUUCAUCCCCCUAACAUCUUGAACUUAUCGUGGUGGCUCUUCACCAGGAUUCUCAAGAGCAUAACUGCUGCUCAUCUUAAAAGUCUCAAGGGCAUAACUGCUGCUCUAUCUGAAAAUCUCAAAUGGCAACGGACUGGCGCUAGUGGCUAAAAACACUUAAAAUGACUUCACCUUCUUGAAGGUGAGUUACUUCUUAGAAAAAGAACUUGUUUCUUAAACUUUAACAAUAACUCAAAAAUAACGCUUUAAGGUAAAU